AUGAAAGUCUUUUCAAGAACCAGGAUAUGGACUGGGGUCAUCACCACCUUCCUCUUCACCCUCACCUCCAACGUCACAGAAGCCUGCGAACGCCAAUGUCAACUCAACGUCUCCCAUGCCUUCGCCGACAAAUACCAACUACUCUCCUCCCUUCAUUUCUCAACCCUUUCCACAAAAAUCGACCAAUCCCUCUUCCAUGGCGUCCCCACCACCGCCUACUCCUCCACCGAAGCCGCAAACGCGAUCCAACACCUUCAGGAAGCCGUGACUAAAGCUCAAAGAGCCUGGGAUGUGUCCCUGUUCCGGACGGUGUUUGAUACGAUCUUUGUGGAUGAGCCCCAGUUUAGGGGGGAUUGCAACGAGCCUCAUCGGGUGGAUCAGCCGGCUCUGGGAGUGAAUUGGACGAUGACUGAUUGUCAUGCGAUGGAUUACAUCUGUGGGAACCCACCGAGUAUCUGUCAUUUCUUGCCGAUGAUCAAGACGAGGAUUGAACGCAAGUUGGCCGAACAGCUUGAGACCAAGAUUGGUGGCAGCAGCAAGAUUGUUGGCGGGGGUGUCAGUGAGAAUGGAGGGGGAAGUGCGGAUGAGGCAGAUGUGUAUGCCAACUUUUUGGGCCCAGCCUUGUCCAAGGUUGUGAUGACGCAUCCCAAACUGGAGGUGUACCAGGCGACGAUGCAUGGGAAUUUGAAUCAGAUUCUGGAGGUCGUGAGAGAUCAGAUUGUAGGUGAGACGGCGUAUCUGGCGCCGGGAGCGGGGCCUGUGAGGAAUGCGAAGUGGAUAGCAGAGUGGGAUUUGGAGAUCAAGUUGUUGUUGCUCAGUUUCCCAUAG